CGUUCUCUGUCUGAUCACGGAGCUCAACGAUUGCGGGUCUACCUCAGUGUCUCGGUGUCUUGCUCGAGCUGUGCUCCAGUCUCGUUGGUAAGCGAGCUCAUCUGUCAGAAUCCAUCUGAUUUGUUGUCACUCAGUUUGAGUGAUUCGUACCCGUGUCUUUUCCCCGAGAAAAGCACCCCUGCUCCAUUGGAAGAAUGGCGUCCGCGACCGUGGAUAUCGGAGUGAUCGACCUCCCAUCGAUCCCCGAGCUGCCGGAAUUCUAUUCGAAGUACGCUCUAUCCGUGCUCGCCGCGUCCACGGCGGAAGUGAGCACGUAUCCCUUGGACAUCGUGAAAACGCGCAUGCAGAUUCAGGGCGAAGACAUGGCCCGUCAAGCUGGCAGCGACUCAGCGAAACCUCGAGGGUUCUUCGGUUUGGCAAUGGACAUCGUUCGCAAGGAAGGACCGCUCCAGCUGUGGCGGGGUUUCCCACCGACCAUGUACCGGCAUAUAAUUUAUACGGGCAGCCGCAUGACCAUCUAUGAGAGCAUUCGGGACGUGUACCUUGUCGAUCAGGAUUCGAACAAACUGUUGAAGAGUAUCGGGGUAGGAGUCUUUGCGGGAGCCCUCGGUCAAUUCAUGGCCAGUCCCGUCGAUCUCGUGAAGGUUCGGAUGCAAAUGGACGGACGGAGAAUUCUUCAAGGACUUCCCCCGAGAGUAACGAGCACAAUGCAGGCCCUCCGGGAGACCGUGAAAGAAGGCGGGGUUCGAGCCAUGUGGAAAGGCGGUGCGCCGAAUGUGUGUCGCGCAGCGCUGGUGAACCUCGGGGAUCUUACGACCUACGACUGGGCGAAAACCAAAAUCAUCACCAACACCGAUUUCGGUGAGAGUUACUCGACUCACGCCCUGGCUUCCGCUUGUUCUGGACUUGUUUCCGCCGUUCUGGCGACUCCGGCGGACGUCGUACGCACCAGGGUGAUGAAUCAGCCGACGGAUGAAUUCGGACGCGGAGUUCUCUACAAAGGCUCGAUGGACUGUUUCGUGCAGACGGCCACCAAAGAGGGUCCCAGAGCAUUGUACAAAGGGUUCCUCCCUAUCUGGGGCCGCAUGGCGCCUUGGUCGUUCAUUUUCUGGCUCUCAUACGAAGAACUCCGAAGGGUUUCGGGUCUCAAAGGCUUCUAGUCUCGUUACCGAGGAUCGUACAGAAGCUUCGACUGAAGUAAUGGUUCUCAUGUUUAUUUUGUGUUCUUAAUGAUAAUAAUUAAUGUAGCUUAGCAUUUAGUGGGCAAAACGAGA